AUGCACACCAAGCUGACAGAAGAAUUUGUUUCUAGGAAGUCUUCUGUCUUACUGGAGGCCUCUAGCAUGGUGAUGUGUUCCAUUGAGAUCCUUGCUGGAGAAAGCACUGAAUUUGUGGAAAAGCCUUGUCUACUGACAACACCUGAGGAAUUCCUGACAGAACUGAAACCAUUGAAGGUGACUGAAAGAGAGACAUCAGUGUUUGAAACCCGCCUGCCAAAGAAACUGCAAAACUUCACCUAGAAGUUCAAUGGGAAAGAGAAGUUCAACGGGGGUGAUGAGUAUGAAUUUAUUGCAUCUGGUGAUGGAUUGGCCCACACUAUGAAAACUAAGGGUCUUCAGUCCAGUAACUUUAAAGAACUCAGUACUCCAAACACCAGAGUGAAAAAGUAGAGAAAAGCCUGCCUGCAGUGUGUGCUGACUUCUGAAGACGUCACCUUGAAGGGGAUAAAGAAUGGAGGAGUGAUUGAGAGGUCUCCUAAGUACAUCAUGAAACAGAAGAGAGCAGAGUUUAUUGUUAAUGCUGCUGAGUUAAGUGACUGAGGAGAUUGCACAGCAAUUGCAGGAUGCCAGAAGGGAGUGGCUUCCCAGUGGCAUCCCCAACACUGGGCUUUCCAGGUGUGCAGCCUGGUGAGGAUUCUGUGGCUGCCAGUGAGCAAGGAAGCCCUGGCUGCUGGAGAAUGGAUACCAGGCCUGGUACAUGAGUGCCCUCUAUGGGCCAUUGCCAGGAUAUCCUCAAGAGACAUUUGCAACCAUGAAGGGUAUGUGUGUGAUGUUCAUGCUCUAACUAAAGAUCCUGCCAAGCUCUGUGUUGUCCUGAGUGAUGCAAAGGUGGAAGGAAUGUAGCUUAGGGACAGUAAGCAUAUUACAGACGUGAGGAGUAUCUGGAUAGUGAGGCAGGAUGCCAUCCACAAACUCAUGACUAACAGAAUGGGAGAGGAGAGUGAAGGGAAGAAAAGUUAUCAACACAGAAAAGAUGUCAAGCUGUAUUUGCAGCUGCAGCUUUCAAAUAUCUUCUUUGCAAAUUCUCUUGUUAUUGAACAAUCUAUCCUUGAGCUUUUUGCUGCACAUAGCACUACUAUGAAAACUAAGAAAACAGCAAGCAUCAAGGAGCCUUUCAAGGCAAAAUGGAAAGCACUCAAAGGCAAUGGAAGAAAGCAGGUGACUCACUUGAUCAUUGAGAGAAUGGUUGAAGAAAAAAAUCCAUGGAUCAAAGCAGGGAGAGUGGAGAGCAACUACACCACGUUUGCUAUGGAGAAAGUGGAGGAAGGGAAAGCCUAUUAAUUCAGAAUCUGUGCCAUCAACUCUGAGGACCUCAUCAAGCCCCUGAAAACAGAAGAAAUUUUUUUUUCUGAGGAGCCUCUGAGACAGGUAUGUCAGCCUCAAGUUGCAGAUGUCAGGAAAGAAGUUGUCACCAUCACCUGGAACUCCCCAGUGCAGGGUCACAUCCUAGAAAAAAGGAAAAGGGGUAGCAAUCUCUGUGUUCUUGUCACCAAGGAGCCAGCCCAAGGUACUGGAUUCAAAGUGGAUGGUUUUCCAGAGGAUACAGAUGAGUUCCAUGUGAUAGCUGUCAAUUGUGUAGGCCCUGGUCUUCUCAGCCUGCCCUCCUUCCUCAUUGCAAAGGAGCCUAUCAGAUCCAUGCUAGAGGUGUGAGCUGAGGACACCAAGAAAUUAACAAAAUGCACAAAGAUUCCUGUCUCUAAUACCACUUCAUCUGUAGGAGGUUUGCAGGAGAGCAAAUACUACAUCUGAAUGCGAGUUGUGAAUGAAGCUGGUAUGGGAGAAGCAGUGGAGAUACAAAAAAUUCUAGUAAAGCCACCUUCAGGCGCUCAGUUUGACUGGAAUGAAGAGUCAGGCACCAGCAUGCAGAGCAGGACCACCUAGAGUAGGUCACACAGGAACUCGUCCAGGUGGGUUGCAGAUUUCCCCUGACCACCUGCUAAUCUGGUUGAAGGUCCUAACACUGUGAGCCUAAAUCAUAGCUCAGCUGUAGAAGACGACUAUGAUUAUGAUGUCCUGAAAUAGGUCAGUACCACUGUGUGGUUCACAGCUGCAGAGGAGGUCUACAGCAAUAACUACACUAUCAUAGGCCUGCCCCCACGGAGGAAAUACUUCUGAGUAAUUGCCUGCAAUGACGCUGAGGACCCCAACCCUCUGCAAGUCACAAGGUUUGUUUGCACAAACCUGAGAGAUGGUACAAAAACUCUGAAGAAUAAGGAGAUAAGCUGUUUUCUGAAAAUGAGGUCUCAUAAGAGAAUUUUGCCAUAUAGUGCAGGGAUUUACCUGGUGAGACUUCAUGCCAAUGCAAAAGGAGGAACCACAAGCAUGAGCCAUGGCAAGGACUAUGCCAUGAGCUGUGCUUUCAUCAGCAACCACCACCCAACAGUGACCCUGUACAAGAGUAAUAUUUGCAUCACAUCUAAGUCUUAA